UCAAGUGAUAAAUUUGAUCAUUGGCCAUUAGUGCAUAGUGCGUGGACGUCUCUUCUUGAAAAUGGUCAAAUACUUGGUUUUUUUGGCGCUCUUUGCCUUUGCGGCUGGCGACUUGGCGGAUUUCAAGAAAUGCAGCGAAUCACCAGACGAUAUGUGCGUCAUCAACGAGGUCCGUGUGACCCCCUGCAAGAAAGCCAGCUCGUGCAGACUGAAGUUGGGAACCAUUUCAUCUAUCAGCUUUGAUAUGACACCUGGAUUCUCUGCAUCCAAAUUGAAGACCGGCCUCUUCUGGGCGAGUAACAACGGCGAUGUGCCCUUCCCUGAUCUCUUUGAAGCAGAUGCUUGUCAGUACACCGGCUGCCCAGUAGAAGCUGGCAAGCAACAGACCUUCGAUUACAGCUUGCGGCUGGGAAAGAAAUUGCCAUCUGGUAAAUACCUCUUCAAGUUCAAGGUUUGGGACGAACAGAACCCAAACAUGAUUUGCUGUUUCAAAACCAAUGUUGAACUGAGAAAAUAAAUAUAUUUUUGAAUAUUUAA